UAGCACGCCUGAUUUCCCCAGACUCUACAUCUCGCAUCUCGAGCUGGGCUCGUAACACCCAUUCACAGAGCGGAUCGCGGUACACACAAGCACAAUGGGUGCUUCUAUUUCCAAAAUGAUGAACAAGAUCUUCGGAUCCAAGGAGAUGCGCCUGCUCAUGCUGGGGCUCGACGCGGCCGGAAAGACCACAAUCCUGUACAAGCUCAAGCUCGACCAGGACGUCACCACCAUCCCUACUGUCGGCUUCAACGUCGAGACCGUCACGUACAAGAACACCAAGUUCAACGUCUGGGACGUCGGAGGUCAAGACAAGAUUAGGCCGCUGUGGAGACACUACUUCUCGGGAACCCAAGGUCUCAUCUUCGUUAUCGACUCCAACGACCGCGACCGUAUCGAGGAGGCCCGAACCGAGCUUGCGCGCAUUAUCCAGGACCGAGAAAUGCGGGAUGCACUGCUGCUGGUGUUUGCGAACAAGCAGGAUCUACAGGGAGCGAUGCGGCCGAAGGAGGUGUCGGAUAAGCUGCAGCUUGAAAAGAUCGCAAAGGACCACGUGUGGAAGGUCGAGCCCAGCUGCGCAACGACCGGUGAGGGUAUCUUUGAGGGCUUGGCAUGGCUCUCGAACAACGUCAAACUCCCCCCGAAAUAAGCGCCGUCCUCCCCGACCCCCUCCACUGUACGACUGUAUGCGCACCCGCCUUAUUCGUCCUUCUGCAUAUACCCGGUCCUCGGUCUCGAUUUUUGACAUGUCUACUCUCGCUUCAACGAUACUU